UUUUAUCGAAGAAGAAGACAGGAAGGUUGUUAUCGAUUCACGUGCUUUCGUUUCCUUUUAUCUUCUUAUCGAUGAGUCGUCGAGUGUUCUCGUUUAUGAAAGAAGGGAACCCUGGGUAAAUAUACGGUGAACAAUGACCCCCUAAAGAAGGAAAUCGAACGAAAUGGAGUGUGCGGUGACAUAAACGGCCAAUAACGAGCCGAACGUUUAUUCAAAUAAUAUUCAUCUGUCAAUCUGACGGUGCUUGUAACAUAGCCCGUUUAAUAAAAGUUCGAGCUUGCGCGGAAGUAAGCAAACCCCGUGCUUUUGCGUGGCAGUUGUUUGAUCAGUGCAUCAGCGUGAGGGCAGCGCGCACAUCGUUACCAGAGUCACUUGGGUUACCUUAGUCCAUCGUGGAACAUCGAUCGCGGUGAAUUAAAGGUGUAUUUCUGAGAUUUCCAAGUUUCAAACGACGACCUAAGAGAAAACAUCUGGAUCAAAGGUCCAGAUACGAUAUCGAAAGAAAAAAGCAGAGGGAAGAAGAGAAUCAAAGCGGUUCGAUCAGGUUCGAUAUCCGGUUAGAAGGGACCGGAAGAGAUCGUUCGAACGUUAAACGACGAGUGUGUUGGAUCGCUAAAGGCGAUCGUUCGAUCGUGAAUCGCCGAUGAAGGCACGUAAGAACCGCGAGAAAAGUAAGUCCAUCAAUCAUACAGGCCGACUGUAAUGCCGCUCGAGUUUCCUCUCCUGUAAUCGGCGAAGGCCAGUCGAUACGUCGUGGAAAAAGAGAUCCUCCUUGAGACGAAAGGAUCGGAUACAACCCAGGCCCGAACUUAUUAGGACCUCCCUCUUAAUCGCGAAACAGUUCGUUCCGGUGUGUCAGUGCUAACAGCUGCCAAAGAUGCAACGGCAAGAGGGCGAACUUGAAGAACUCGGGGGCGUUUUAGGGGGUUCGACCGCCGGUGCCCUUGCCCUCGGUGGUCGGCACAAGCCCGAGGAGCUUGCCACCUUGGCGGCCAACACCAGAUUCUCCAGGAAGGAGAUACAGCUGAUUUAUCGUGGUUUCAAGCAGGAAUGCCCGACCGGUCUCGUCGACGAGGAAGCCUUCAAACAGAUAUUUUCACAGUUCUUUCCUCAGGGAGAUGCCAGCCAGUACGCUCACUACGUCUUUAACACCAUGAAGAGGAAACCGUCUGGAAAGAUAAGCUUCGAGGAAUUUCUUACCAUCUUGUCGAAAGUAUCGAGGGGUUCGGUGGAGGAGAAACUUCAGUGGGUCUUUGGCCUUUACGAUCUAGACGGGGAUGGAUUGAUCAGUAAAGAAGAGAUGCUGGACGUGGUUGGUUCCAUAUAUGAAAUGUUGGGCCGUUACACCCAGCCACAAAUAGUUGAGCCGCAUGUGGCUGCCAGAGAACACGUCGAUCGCAUUUUUCACUUAAUGGACGCAAACAAGGACGGCGUGGUGACAAUCGAGGAAUUAGUACAAUGGUGUUCAAAGGACGAGCAACUAUUGCGGAGUCUCGACACCCUUGACACUGUCUUAUGAGAUCUUUACUAUUAUUUUAUAAUCCUUCUUCGAACCCCAAAAGCCACAGAUUCCCUGAAUAUUUUAAUAUGGCGCUCAAUUGAGUUCUGCGUGUAAUUUCUAGAAAAAUUAUCCAUCUUUGAGACGGAAUUGAAUUUUGAAGGAAAAUUACGAUUCGAACUCGUCGAACGCUGAUUGUAAAUAUUAUCCCACCUACCUAGUCUUUCAAGCGUGCUAUUCAAGGCACGAUAAAACCAACAGUAUUUCAAAUUGUUACUCCUCGUCGCGUUGAAUCCUCUUGUAAAUCUUGUGCGUCCAUCAGAUCACUCUGACUUGUUAUCUGUAAUGGACAAGGUAUUUCAGUAACGAGUACAUUGUUUCAAAACGAUCCAACUGUAGCCUGCCACUGAUAUUUCAGUGGUAUAAGAUUAAUAAUUUAGAGUGAUCUGUCGAAUUGCAUGUAUCACAGAAUUCUUAGGUAGGAUCGAUGCGAUGAGGACAAUUUGGUCCCUCGAUUUAUUAAAACUUUAAACUUAUUUCCAUGCUAUAAUAACGACGAAUUUUAAGAGUUUUAAAAAUCGUUAAGAUCGAUCCUCGACCUCUAUAUUUCUUUUAACUUGUACCUCUUUGCCGUUCGCGUCCUUAACGCGUUGACUAUCCUAACAAAAUUAAACAAAUCUUCAUUGUGACAGUCAGCAUGUUAAUACGCGUGGUUGAAAGUUCAGUACGAUACUUUAAAAAGAAAAGAGCUUUUACUAUCAUCCAUCGUUCGGGUCUCUUACAUGUGUAAGUAAUAUAGUAAGAUGCGUUGAUUAAAAACAUUUGUCCGAUAUCUUUGCACAUUGGAUCUAUAGUUUGCAAAUGAUACAAUGGCCAAGACAAGGAUCAAGUAGAAUUAUUUUCUUGUUCCAAAAUCAUUAGGUGUUAGGCGUGUGCAAAUAAUAUUUGACAAUCUUUUCAAACUUGCCUUCUAUUUAAACGAGUACUGAAAAGUUUCCUCGUCAUUGCUACGUUCUAUUCGAUACACUCGGCUACUUGUUACAUAAGCAAAAAAGUUUCAAGAGCAUAGUUUAAUGCUGCGAUAUACAGUUGCUUGAACAAGUCAUACAAAGUUUUAAGGUAUUCACAUAUACUCGUUCAAUGGAUUAUAAGUUUAAUGAUACUUGCGAUGACCCAUGCACGAUGGAAAAUGUAGCUAGUAACCCAGUAAUAUAUUGUAGUACCCUCGACCAACUAAGAGAAACGUGAUCCUGCGAAAUCAACGCCUCUUGUGAUUCUCUUGUACCUUACUAUUUAUUACAAGUAUCGCGUAAAGAAUUAUUGUUAUUAAGACGAUUAAUUGUCCUCUAUCACGGUAUACGUGAAUGCGAUCCUUUUAUGCGUACAAAUAUCAUCGAAUUUGUUGAAUUUCUCAAGUUUAUUAAAAACCUCUAUUGUAAUUGAAUAUCAAAUGAGAACGUAACUAUCUACGUAAGCGUGCAUAUGAAAAGAUCGGUUCGUUUGUUUAUACAUUCAAUUGUUCUAGCAAUGUGCAAUUUUAAAGGCAUUCAGUACAAAUAAAUGAAUGCUUCUGAUA